GCUCCGGCCCUGGGGAAGGCGGGCAGAGGCGGGCAGAGGCGAGGGGCGGCGGCGGCGGCGGCGGGGCUCCCGGCCCAACAGCGCGCAGCUAUGGCCGGGGCGCGCCCGGGGGUGCACGCGCUCCAGCUGGAGCCCCUGCGCGUGCCGGAGACCCUCCUCAAGGGCAGCAAGUUCAUGAAAUGGGACGAGGAACCGACCAGCCGGGCCCUGGUGACUCUCCGCGUGGAUCCCCAAGGCUUCUUCCUCUACUGGACCGGGCCGAGUUUGGAAGUGGACGUUUUGGAUAUCAGCUACAUCCGGGACACUCGGACGGGACGCUAUGCCAAGCUGCCGAAGGACCCCAAAAUUCGGGAAACCCUGGGCUUUGGAAGUCCCGAACAACAACCCGAGGAUAAACUUUUGACAGUGGUUCAUGGGCCUGACCUGGUCAACGUGAGUUUCCUGAACUUCAUGGCAGUGGUCCAGGACAAUACAGCAAAGAUUUGGGCCGAGGAACUGUUCAAGCUGGCUACCAACAUCCUUGCCCAAAACGCUUCUCGGAAUACUUUUUUGCAAAAAGCCUACACCCGGCUGAAACUCCAGGUUAACCAAGAUGGGCGGAUCCCUGUCAAGAAUAUUCUCAAAAUGUUCUCGGCUGACAAGAAGCGAGUGGAGACGGCCCUGGAAUCCUGCGGCCUGAACUUCAACAGGAGCGAGUCGAUCAAGCCGGAAGAGUUCACCCUGGAGAUUUUCGAGCGUUUCCUCAACAAACUUUGCCUCCGUCCCGACAUCGACAAAAUCUUGCUGGAGAUUGGAGCCAAGGGGAAGCCGUAUCUCAGCCUCGACCAGCUGAUGGAGUUUAUCAACCAGAAGCAACGAGACCCCCGCCUGAAUGAGGUCUUGUACCCCCCCCUCACUCGGGCGCAAGUGCGCCAACUGAUCGCCAAGUACGAGCCCAACCAGCAGUUCCAGCAAAGGGAUCAGAUGUCCCUGGAGGGUUUUGGGCGCUACCUGGGGGGUGAAGAGAACACCAUCGUGCCCCCCGAAAAGCUGGACCUAUGUGACGACAUGACACAUCCACUAAGCAGCUACUUCAUUAAUUCUUCACAUAAUACCUACCUCACAGCCGGGCAGCUGACGGGCAAUUCCUCCGUGGAAAUGUACCGGCAGGUACUCUUAAGCGGGUGCCGCUGUAUCGAACUUGAUUGCUGGAAGGGGCGUCCCCAGGACGAAGAACCCUUUAUCACCCACGGCUUCACCAUGACGACGGAGAUCCCCUUCAAGGAGGUCAUUGAGGCCAUUGCGGAAAGCGCCUUCAAGACAUCGCCCUACCCCGUCAUCCUGUCGUUUGAGAACCACGUUGAUUCAGCGAAGCAGCAGGCUAAGAUGGCCGAGUACUGCCGAAGCAUCUUCGGGGACGCCCUUCUGAUCGAUCCCUUUGAAAAAUAUCCGCUCCAGCCCGGCGUACCCUUACCGAGCCCCCAGGAAUUAUUGGGGCGCAUUCUGGUGAAAAACAAGAAGCGCCGCACCCACGCCAAGGGGACGGAAGGCAGCGUCCGCAAACGGGUUCUGGAGCAGACGCCCAGCUCCUAUAGUGACUCUUCUGGGGUGGGCGAGCCGGGGUCUCCCGCCCUGGGGUCUCCCUUCGCUGAACAGCCCGAGAUCCUUUCCUUGAUCCUGACCAACGGGGAGGAGAAGACCCCCGACAGGAUGGCAAAACUAGGGGAACCCCGCAAAUCUAUUGACCGGGAAGCUGAAAGUGAGGAGGAAGAAGAACAGCCAGACCCUAAAAAACCUACCACCGAUGAGGGCACCGCCAGCAGCGAAGUCAACGCCACAGAGGAGAUGUCAACGUUGGUCAAUUACAUCGAACCGGUCAAGUUCAAGUCCUUCGAAGCAGCCAGCAAAGGCAACAAAUGUUAUGAAAUGUCUUCCUUCGUGGAGACCAAAGGACUGGAGCAGCUGACAAACAGCCCCAUGGAGUUUGUUGAAUACAACAAGAAACAGCUCAGCCGAAUCUACCCCAAAGGGACACGCGUGGAUUCCUCCAACUACAUGCCACAGCUCUUCUGGAACGCCGGCUGUCAGAUGGUGGCCCUUAAUUUUCAAAGCCUGGACUUGCCAAUGCAGCUGAAUCUGGGCACCUUCGAAUACAACCGCCGGAGCGGCUACUUGCUCAAGCCCGAAUUUAUGCGACGGUCGGACAAGUUUUUCGACCCGUUCACCGAAGACAUUGUUGAUGGCAUCGUGGCGAACACCGUCAGAGUGAAGAUUAUCUCCGGUCAGUUUCUCUCGGAUAAGAGGAUCGGCAUCUACGUCGAGGUGGACAUGUUUGGGCUGCCGGUGGACACCAAGCGCAAAUUUCGCACUCGGACCUCCCAGGGCAACUCCUUCAACCCCGUUUGGGAUGAGGAGCCCUUUGUCUUCCAGAAGGUCGUGCUGCCAACCCUUGCCUCGCUGCGCAUCGCGGUUUUUGAGGAGGGUGGCAAAUUUGUGGGGCAUCGGAUCUUGCCCGUCUCUGCCAUCUGUGCAGGAUACCACUACAUUUCCCUGCGCAGUGAAAGCAACCAGCCCCUCUGUCUCCCGGCCUUGCUGGUCUACACGGAAGCUUGCGACUACAUUCCCGACGAUCAUCAAAAUUAUGCCGAGGCGUUGAUUAACCCAAUUAAGCACGUCAGCUUAAUGGACCAGCGGGCCAAACAGCUGGCUGCCCUGAUUGGGGAGAGGGAGGAGAACAUGGAGAAGCCAAAGGAGUCCCUAUUGAGGAGUCCGUCUUGCACCACCACGGGGCCGGCCCGGGAGGUCCAGAAACCCCUCCCGGAUGUGUUGCCCCCAACUCGGACCCCCAGCAUCAUCCCCAGUCAAGGCCAGAGAGAUGACCUGAUUGCAAGCGUCCUGGCAGAGGUGUCCCCGCCUUCUGUGGAAGAACUGAAGCAGCAAAAGGCUUUUGUGAAGUUGCUGAAGAAGCAGUAUCGGGAGCUGAAGGAGCUCCGUCGCAAACACAUGAAAAAAAUUUGCAGCCUCAACAAAAAGCAGAACGCGCAGCUGGAAAAAAGCCGGCUGCGUAGCCGGGAAGGGUCUCAAAGCUCUUUAGAGGGAGCCCGGCCAGGACAGGACCAUGAGGAACCUCAACGGAAGCUGGAUCUUCAGGAAUGGCAAAUGCAGGAGGGUCUGCUACGGCUACGCGAGGCUCAGCACCAGGUGGAGAGGGAGAUGAAGCGAGAUCACCUGCACCAGGCUCAGCAGCGUUUAAGAGACAUCGCUCAAGAUUAUCAGACGGCUCAGUUGAAGAAGCUGAAAGAAACGAGCGAGAAAGAGAAGAAGGAACUGCAGAGAAUUCUGGAUCGAAAACGGCACAACAGCAUCACGGAAGCGAAAUCUCGCGAGAUGAGCAAAAAGGACAUGGAGUUAACCGAGAUAAACAGAAGGCACAUCACUGAAUCCGUAAACUCCAUCCGGAGGCUUGAAGAGGCCCAGAAGCGACGCCAGGAAAAGCUACUUUUGGGACACCAGGAAAUGGUGCAAUUGAUUGAGGACGAAGAACCCCGGCUAAUAGCUCAGCUGGAGCAAGAGUGGCAGCUGGAGGGCUCGUCCCUGACCCAAGAAAUCGGCCGUUUCCUGCAGGAAGAACUCGACGGGGGAGUCAGCAACGGACACUCCCACGGCCCCAGCGUCAGCUCCUUGGCCCCCGAAGAAGAGCUGACGGUCCUGUGAAGCCAACACAGAGCAAGGGACGUCGCUGACGGCCGGCCAGCCACGAACGAGAAACAUGGGGGAGGGCAGUUAAAAACACCCCACGUGGGAGAAGGUGGGGGGGCAGGACCGGCCCAAAAACACACACACACACACACACACUAAAGGCACUUCUCGUUUCCUUUCCUUUUUAAAGUUUUAUUUUUUUAACUUUUUAAUUUUAUUGCUAACCGUGUAAUGUGUCUCCCAAUUCCCAGUGGUGCAUUGAGACUGGGGAAAGACUCGGGGAGGGGGGGGAGCCUUUUGGCAGAGGGGGGGGGCAACAGUUGGACAAUCCACUCGCCGCCCCCCCCUCCCCGAAGUGUAUGCACGCACCUGCACCCCAACCCGUGUAUUUGCACGCCAUUGUUCGCAGUGGAAAAAUACGCACGCUGCAUGUCCCUGUUGAAUGCAUGAUUAGAGACAAAGGCAAUCUUUUCGUUGCGACUUUGAGGAGGGGGGGGCAAAGGGCUAUUUUAAAUGCACCCCCCCCUUUUUUUUUCCUUUUAAAGCACAACCACUGGGAAGGAAAAAAAAAGGGAAAUGUAAUUUUUCACCUUCCCUGCAGCUGGAUGGGCUUUGCCAGCUGCAUUGGGAGGGGGGCGGAACCACUGGGUAGGGUGGAAGGCUGUCCGGGUACCAAGGACCGUGAGGGAAAAGGGACAAAAAAAGUCAACGGUGUAGGCAGGUCCGUCCGUCGUUGCUUUCGGGAUGGGUACAAAGAGGAGAGGGUCCAGGCGGGCCAUCGGCCGAUCAACCGUGCCUCUUUUUCUCCUGAAUGGCAUCGUUUGCUGUUCUUUCUCUAUUGUUGUUGUUGUUGUUUUUAACGUGAGUAAUAAACUUGUAAUUCAG